AUGGACGUCUGUCUUUGGCGACAGGUCAUCUCGUUCCUCUUGGCUUCUAACAUUAUCCAACAUGGCGGCCCCUGCAGCGCACGACAACCUGUCAUACGAGCAACAGGAAGUAAUCGUCUUCGCAGAGAGAGAGAGAGACGCGCAAAUACUCGACCCUCGUGGAGCUACCUGGCCAAGUCGGCGUUCCCAGAGGUGUACCACCAAGCACAGCGACUCCUGCAAGAGCAAUACCGGCGCGAGACGACGGCAGAAGAAAGGGCUACGACAAACCAGAAGUGGGCCGUCGUGGAAGUCCAAAUCCGCGAAACAAUGGCCGAGGAAAUGGCGGCCAUAGAUGCAUUAGAAGACCAUGUCCGAUUCUGGACCGUCUGUCAUCCAGUCGCCAUUGAAAUAAUCCUCGAAAACGCCACCACAGAACAGGAACGUGUCGACGUCGUGCUAGGGUCACGCAUGCAACUGCUCCUCAAGCAAGCCCAAGGCACGUUUGCCGGUUUCAAAGCAGAUAAGGCAUCGCGCCGCUCAGACGGUUCAGCGUACGACACGGAUGAAAGUGUGACCUUCGUCGUGGAGCUAACAGAGAAACACGGGAGGAGUAAGGGUUCGCGGAGGAGACGACGUAAGAAAGAGAACCGAAGAUACCAGGCUGUAAAUCCAACCGAUCAAGGAGGGCAGAUUCUUUCGGAAGCGGGCGCGAAGCAGAUGCGACCGCUGAACCAGGGCAUUUAG